GUUUCUGUUAGUCAGACUGAAUCUGAGGAGAAGCAGCGAGCCGCCAUUUUCCUAGCGCUGCUCUCUCCGCAUCAACAACAAUAAAAUCCGACCGAAACGAAGCAAAACCGCCGAAAUACCACCGGCAGGAGCCUCUGGCAGCAGGAGAGGACAACCAGCACUCAAAACGUUGUCCAUGAGCGGAGAAUACGGAGUUAUUUGUGUGUCUUUAGGCGGGUGUUUGUGGCCUUUGUGGUGAAGCGGAGAGCGGGUCGGUUCCUGUAGCUCCGCGGCCCCGUUUCUCCCUCUUACCCAUUUCAGGACUGCAAAACGCGGUGCAAUCGAAAACGGAGAGCCGAGGGAGCCGGAGCUCCACCGGAGAACAAGAGCAGGGAUACGGCGCUACAGCAUACACUCACACCUGGAUGAGUUUAUUUUUGCAUUGUGAUUAUUUUCAACGUGUUAGUUCGCAAACUGCGGAUAUUCGCUACUAAAAUUCCCUCGGAAUCGGCUCCUCAUCACGUGGCAGUCUUCUGGUGUGGCGGUAGGCGGGUGGUGUGGAGCUGGCCUCAGCACCGGGAGAGGCCCCCUCGCCCGCCCCCUUUCUGCGCUGCAUGGCUGCAAUGGCGCCCGCUCUAACCGACGCGCCGGCCGAAGCUCACCGCAUCCGCUUCAAACUGGCUCCUCCCUCGUCCACUCUCUCUCCUAGUGGCGUGGAGGGAAACGGAGGCACCAGCCACAUCCUCGUGUCCAGUAACGGCAACGUUAAGUGUAAGGCCUCGGAAGAGCGCCCUCUCCGCGGACCAGUCACCUGCAAAAGGGAGGAAUCAGCUCGGGGAGACACCCCGCAAGCACAUUUGGGCAAACUUCAACCACUUGUGACUUCUUAUCGCUGCUCGGAUGUGAUGUCUGUGCACUCGCCAAAGGAAUCUCUCAAGAUGCAAGGUGUCCUGCUGCAGAACCACGGGAUCCUGCCUACUUACUUACCACGCAAGCACCAGGCCUUGGAGGAACAGUUCAAAAGCAUCAUGAGUGGGGGGACUGGAGGUGGACCAUUUGGUUUACCAUCUCUACAGGACACUCCUGUGAAUGGCAUGGCAAAAAAAUGGUCUAAACCAGGUCCUGACAACAACGUGAACUUGAAUGGAGGCAAGCAUGCAGGACAGGACACAACUGCUCAGACUCCUAUUGUUGCCUCUCGUGGGGGACUGAUAGGAAAUGGCCCUCUUAGAGAUAGCAUUGAACACCAGUGCCCAAGAGAUAUAUCACAGGGCCAUGCCAGUAACCCAAAAUCUUCUUUUCUUCCCCCAAAUGCACCUUCAGACCUUGAUGAGGAUAAGGUUUCAGACACAUUGCCUUCACUUACUACUGACUUUUUGGUCACUUUCCCAGCUGCUUGUCAGUACCCGCUGGGCAGCCUGGGAGCAGAGUUACGGGACCGGACCCAGCAAAGCCAGAGCCGACAGAGUGAGAUUGAGGGUCGGCUGCAGCGCUUGCACAAACGGCUGCAGGUCGUUCAGGCAAAGCAGGUGGAGCGUCAUGUGCAGCAGCAGUUGGGGGGACUUCUUAGGAGCACGCUGGCUCCUCUGGAUGCUUUGCGGCAGCAACAGGGACGCCACAGCACUGAGCCACUCGUGCCUCAGGAGAGGGACAGACUGAACCGGGUCCUGAGGGCAGGCUCAGUACCCGCUGAGUUGGAGCGUCUAUCGAUCAGCGGCAGCACUAACCUGAGAUCUGCAGAAGGUGCCUUUGAUUCAGAUGCUACCGAAAGCAGCUCUGGCGGUGAGACAGAUGUGGAAGAGAAUGAGCUCGCCAGGGUUGACAUCGAGCAACGACACAUUCCUCUGUCGGCGCUCACGCAGUUGGACCACCUCAUUACUACCGCAGUGGAGACUGUAAUGGAGAGAGCUGGUAUCCGGUUGAAACGUAUGUUGGAUCGGCUUGUGGCAGAAGUGCUGAGAUGGAGGCGGGCUGAGGGACGUUUUGCUGUGGAUCGAGCCUCCAUUAUCAGCCACUGGAACUGGCUUCAGGCCCAUGUCUCCGACCUAGAGUAUCGAAUCCGCCAGCAAACCGACAUCUACCGCCAGAUUAGAACUAACAAGGGUCCAGUGCUUCUUGGGGAGAGUUCAGUGUGUGAGUCGUCAGGGGAGGAAUGCAGCGUGUCCAGGACCAACAGCAUCACCUGGCCUGCCUUACAGGUGCGUACUGGUGAUGGGACAGAGGGGUCUGUAUCAGCCAAUGGUAUUGCCAUAGAGAUGAAUCCGAGGAAGGGGUACCCACCCGUCCGACAGGUUAAUGGAGUCAUCAACAGUUUGCAGGCCAGUUCUCCAGAAAGUGCAGAGUUGGAGGACCUGCUCACCUCGCAGCAGCAGCGGCCUGGCUCUGCACCAGACAUCACUUGUGCGGCCGCCCGCACACGGCCGUUACUCUCUUGCAAGAGACGACGGCUCCUCCGGCCCAGCUCUGUCACCAUCCUCAACCGCAGGAUUCAAAAUUUGGCUGGGCCUGGCAGGUGUGGCUGUGAGGUCAGUGGGCAGUGUGUGAUGUGCUGCGGCCGUUCUCUGGCUCCUGUCGACCCUCAGUUACAACUGCCUCUACUGGACAGACUGGCUCAGUUCGACCCCUGUAUUCAUCCCAUUCUUUCAUUUCCUGAUGAUGUGGGGAUAAGUCUUCACCUGCAGCGCCUGCUGAAGUGUCACUGGCAGGGCCGACCGCUUGAGAAGAUCAAACCCAUCAAGAAAAUGUCCCUCAAACACAAGCUCCCUCUGAGCAGCCAUCUCCCUGACCCCUCAUCAUCAUCUCCCUCCAAAGAAAAGUAUAAGCUCAACAACUCUCUCCUCUCCACAGUUCGGUUGUCCCUUCACAAAAGUCGUUCAGAGAAGCUGCUUCGGCAGCAGAGUGAUGGUAGUGAGUCUCGUCAGCUCUUUAGGACGGAACUGACACACGCCACUUUCAACAAGAGCCACAGCCGCAAAAGACCCCGUGAAUACUCUCAGGAGCGCACAGAGAAUGCACCUAAGUUGUAUGUGGAGAUGAGCAGUCCCUGUUCGUCUCAGCCCAGCCUGAACACACCCAGCCACAGUCCACUUGUUCGACAGUUAUCCUCUUCCGAGAGCCCCACACCCUGCAGUCUCAACAACGCCACUCCGCAGCCCAUUCGCCGAAGAAGAGGAGAAAGCUCUUUUGACAUCAACAACAUCGUCAUCCCCAUGUCUGUGGCGGCCACCACCCGCGUGGAGAAACUACAGUACAAAGAGAUUCUCACGCCGAGUUGGAGAGAAGUUGACAUUACUGCGAGAAAGAUCUUCAAAGAAGACGACUCGGUGGAGAUUGAGGAUCUCUCUGAUGCAGUGUUUUCCCAGCUUCAUCUCCCGUAUGAAGAGCAGGAGCGUUCCCGGUGGAGCUGGACAGCCAGUGCUAUUGCCAAGAGGAGGGGCAGCCGGUCUUACAAAUCUGUGGAUGGCCGGACCACCCCGCUGCUGAGCGGCACAAACCCUUCAACGCCACAGCCGUCCUCCCCAGACACAGCACACUUCCACCUGCUGCAGGAUUACGGCUCAGCCGCCUCCCCCUCCAGCCCUGCAAGCCCGGAGUUGCUAAUGAUUUCUGGUCUGCACACCCCUGGCUUAAGAGACUCGCACCGUCUGCUGUCUAACGAAGACACACGCUGCUCCACCCCAGACACCAUCUACGAGGAAAUGCCAGUGCAGCCGUGGGAGCGCCGAGCCUUCCCUCUGGACGUGGACCCUGAGCUGGACUUUGAGGACCAGAUCAGCCCUGCCAGCGAUCGACCCGGUCGAAGCAUGCGCAGAAUUUCUGGCUGCAAGACCAGCUCGUCCAGAUCUGACUCGGACGCCGGUCCUCCUUCACCCCUUCCAGAAGACAGCAGCAAACAGAAAGCCAGCCCACUCAAACACCUUCACCAAUGAAGCUUGGACAGAAAAACUCAGACCCUGACCCUCCACCAGCUUUUGUUAAAAAAACACCACCAACAAAUAUAUAUAUAUAUAUCCCUGUUGUUUGAUAUUCAAACAUCAGUUAAGUCUUCACAGUUUUUAGUGAAUUGUAUGGAAAUGUAGAGACCUGUUUCAAUUUUUUUUCUCCCUAUUUUUCACUAGAAAGAAAUUAUAGGAAAAAUGGUGAUAGGAGCAUAGACUGCUGACAUGCACUUACCCAGUAACAGAUUGUACUUGUUGUUUCAAAGGUCCCUGCUGACUUUAGUACAUCCCAUAAAAGAGUAAAAACCCUUAAGAAAGGAAAAGAAACAAAAAAAAAGAAAACUAAAAAACACGCACACAAAUAUUUAUUAUUGAUUAUAAAUAUUUAUAUUUAUAAUCAAUAUAACGCUCACUUCUUUAAAGAAAAGCUUUAAAAAAAAGUUAAUUGUAAAUCAGCGCCCUGUUUUUUGUUUGACACCCUGUUAUAUAUUAUGCAUCUAUUAGCCAGUGAGAGAUGCUUAUUGAUCCAUAUAAUUCCCAAAUUGCACUGCCCCUACUUGCCAACUCUUUAAAUACAAGACAGCACUUAAAGCACUUAAGUUGGUACAUUUCUACUGCCUGUACAUGUUUAAGGAAAGGAAAGCUGACUGUAUUUAUUGUUGCUGGCAGAUUGCUAAAGACAGCUUCAUUUGCACUCUGAUGCUUAACACUGUUAUGUACAUCAUUCCACACAUUGGAGUUGAUUUGGCUCUCCAGGCACUUUUAGCCCUGAUGUUUUUAAAAAUCAAUCUUAAAAUCAAGGUGAAACCAUUGAAAAUCUAGGUUUUGUAGAUUUCUGUUUAUCAUGGAACUGCACCUUGUCUUUCUAAGAAGCUAGAUGAACACUUGGCAGGUAUCGGCUUGCUCGAGUGAGGUUGUUUUUGUCAUGUACGCUUGUUUGUUCAUCUACUCCAUUAUGUUUGUGAACUUACCAAAAGCCAUCCGAUUAGUUAAGAGGGACGUUGAGAUGUCGUCCUGUUUUCUACUGAAACUUCUCUAAUCAUCUCUAAUCAUCAUUUGAACAUGAAGAUGGUCUGUCUCUGCUUGGGGUUUUUGUACAUGCACCAAGCACACUCAAUGUGUUGGGUUAGCUUUCGAAAGUCAAUGUUGUAUUUGUGUGGGUUAUUUUCAUACUCUGAAUUUCCAACGUGCUGAACGGGGGUCGGGGUGAGUCUGGUCAUUUAGCAUGUAAUAGUUUGUACAAAAAAGAGUAUAUUUUGUAAAUACAUUGUUUGAUUCUUUACUGUGUUUGAUGUUGAGGCUGUAGCUGUCCUGAUUGUACAGGAAGAAAAAACACGUACAAAGAAUAUUUAACACUUUCUCUACGCAGAGACAAAAAAGAAAACGGAUGGCGAAAAAAUGUGUAUGGAUAAUUGGCCAAUCUUGACAGACAGGCAGCAUUUGUGCUUCUGAAAAUUAAAAGUGAAUUAUAUUGUAA